AUGUCCGAAGGAAAUGUCACAGUCGCGUCGACUGUGCUCGGCACCAUUGGGACGGUGCUGUGGUGCAUCCAGCUGAUUCCUCAGAUCUGGUUCAAUUGGCGGCGGAAACAGACUGACGGGUUUCCAGCUACUAUGAUGUUUUUGUGGGCAAGCUGCGCGGUUCCAAUGGGUGCAUAUCUUAUUCUGCAAGAUGUGAAUCUCCCAUUGCAGAUCCAGCCUCAGAUCUUUGGCUUCUUUUCUUUGGUCAGUUGGGGCCAGGUAUUGUAUUACGGCCACAAUUAUUCAGCCUUAAAAGCAACAUCCGUCUGUUUGGGGGCCUCUGCUCUCUUCGGCGGAUUGGAGGCUCUCCUGAUCCUUACUCUAAGGAUACCCUACAACAAAGGAACAACCUGGCCUGAUAUCGUGGUGGGUGUCGUUGCCGCGGUGCUCCUGGGUGGAGGCCUCAUACCCCCGUACUUCGAAUUAGCGAAAAGGGACGGACGAGUUAUUGGCUUCAACUGGGUAUUCCUAUCGAUCGAUACUCUCGGCGGGCUGUUCUCGCUCUUCGCAUUAGCGGCGCAGGGAAGCUUUGAUAUCCUUGGCGGGAUCAUGUACAUUAUUGUCGUCGUCCUAGAACUGGGCAUCUACAUCAGCCAUAUCAUCUGGCGUAUCCGGUAUCGAAAGGUUUUGAAAGAGGCAAAGGAAACUGGAGUCAGUGUUGAUGACCUGCUCGACCAACGGGGUCGCAGGAAGAGAAUACCGCAAAGGACAAUCAACCGGGGGAUCUCGAAAGCCAAGGACCUGCUGCAUCACAAGCGGUGCCAACUACCCCAGAGAAGGGAGGAAGACGUCCUAAUGUAG